AUGGGACUCAGAACGGGGGUUUUCCACCUUGAGGCUCGCGUUCAAAAUUCCUCCAUGGAAUUCACUGAAAAAGAUGGCAUAAUCGACCUCCAUCCAACAAAAACUGCUAACAACCAUCCGCCACGCUGCUUUCUCAUCGAAGUCAACCCCAGGCCCCCAGGAAUGCCGGUCGUUCUGACAUCGGCAGGCGCCUAUGGCGUCAACAUGUACGACUUGCACCUACUCGCCAGCCUUGGAGACUACCAACGAUUCCGAGGUCUAGCAAAAUCAUUCGACCAGGACACAACAAUCCCAUACCACGCCAGAGCAUGGAGUCAACUGGUGUGGUUAAGGGCCGAUAAAGGCGGUCUAUGCGCUUCUGACGACGCCUGUGGUGAAUUCUUGCAGCGCCUUUUGCCAGAGGACCGAGGAUUAAUCACCGAAUCUGUAUGCUUUUUCCGUAAGGGCCAGCGCAUUCCAGAGCCGAAGCAAGGGGUUGUUUUAUUUGGGGCUUUCUUUAUUGUUACGUCUAGGACGAACCGGGAUGAUGUUCUACGCGUGUCUAGGAUCUUACAGAGGGAGUUCUCGAUUCCGGUAACGCCUGUCUAA